AGCAAACCAGCAGCUCUUGUGGGCAAUGAGCAGCCGUUUGAGCAGCCAAUGAGCAGCUGCCGUCCCUUGUUUGCGGACCAUGAAGCGUCAGAAGAACCAGGCCAAGAAGGAGGAGAAAAAGGCGGCGAAGAGCCAAGAGAAGCCGCAGAGUGCUUUGUUGAUGCUGGGCAUCCGCCUGGUGGCCUGCCUGCUGGUUUGUGGCUUCGGCCUCAUCGCCGGCGCCAGCGACAGCUUUCACUCCGAGGUGGAGAGAAAGACCAGCAUUUUUCUUCGCUUGCCUAUCUUCUUUGUGACCCAGGGUCUCUUGAAUGAUCUCUUCCUGGGCCUUGGGUUGCAACUGGCCCGACGCAUUUGCGGAGAUCCAGGUGAUUUGCCCUGGGAUCCCUUGAAAGAGGAGGUGAUCCACCACGACUCGCGUAUCACAUGGCCAGCGAUUGAGCUGCCAAAGGAACUGCAGCCCUAUAAGUCCAGAGUGGGACAACCCUUCUUCCUGAACCAUGUCACCGGUCGCCAGCGCUGCAAGGAUGCUUGCAUGCGCUGUGGCAUGGGUGUUGGUGCUUUGCUGGGUGUAUGGUUCAUGUGCGUGAGCAUCUGGGCAAAGAACCGGAGCUCCUUGGGCUUCACCUUAGACAUGCCCUUCUUCAGUGAGGCCUCCAUGGGCUUCGCCGUGGGGGUCUUCAUCGUGGCGUUCAUGUUCGCCAUCGAACUGCUGAAUGGCUGGGUGAUCUUCAUCCAGUUCUUUGAGGUGUUCGAUCAGUCUGAGAAUUUCUGGAUUUGCAUCUUUUGGGACGUGGUCUUCCACUUGCCUCUCAACACCGAAGGAACUUCCUGUGCGAGGCUGGUUGCUGUGGCCCGGUGUGGCUUACUUCCAGCUUUCAGCGAUGCACGCAUUUGUGAUGGCCAUGGUGCUGGAGUCUGUUGUCUUCGUUGCGAUGCACUUGCCAUCGCCAGGUGGCACGAGGCCCUUGAGCAUGCUGAACUUGUUUGUGGGUGGCCUUGCUGGCGGUCUCAAUGUGCUCUUGACGAGCGGUCGCCUAGGCUUCGCCUUGGGUUGGCAUUUCGGCCUCUUGGGCCGUGGCGUUGGAACAUUUCCAUGGGCAAUGUCUUUGGGCGCAGCACCAGCGGCAUCCCAAUCUCAGCCACAUUCAUCUCAGUGGUCCCUCACCCUCAGAAGGAGAAUUACCAUGGUGGCGUCUUCGGGCCUGAGGGCGGCGUGAUCUCGCCGGCGGCCUACCUCUUGGGACGCCUGGUGUUGAUCUACGGCUUUCCGGACACCUCGGUCACCGGUCCUCAGCUCUUGGCCCUGUGACCGCUGCGUUCGGAAAAUAUUCCGCCCGACCGCGGCGCGCCCUUCGCAUGCG